AUGGGCAAGUCAAAGAAAAACAAUGCCGCAAAAGCGGCAGAGCAGAAAAAGAAUGAGGGAGAAACAACGCCUUCCGCCCCGGGGACACCGCCAACACCAGCGGUCGAGCCGGAAGCCGCCGUUCUCGAGGCGCCUCCUGUGCCAGAUGUGCAAGAGCCCGAGCCCGCACCAACCGUGGAAGCACCAGAAGCAGGUCCGUCAUCGCCAAAACCUCCACCUGCCGAGGAGCCCUCACUUCUACCGACAGCCUCAGCGGAGCUCGCACCGGCUCCCGAGCGUCCAUCGCUGGACAGCGGCCGCGGGGAUGAUAGAGAUGCGAUUGCGCAUCUGGAGGCGGAGCUUUCGGUAGUGCGGAAUGAGAAGGAAAUCCUCAGUGGGCAGUAUCGCGGACUGCUGGGCAAGUUGACGGCGAUGCGGCAAAGCUUGGGAGAUAAGCUCAGAGAGGAUGCGGAAGAGCUGGAUAGACGGGAAACAUCGAUCAAUUCCCUCAAUGCCCAAGUAGAAAGCCUACAGGCCAAUACAUCGACUUUACAAGCCGAGCUCGAAUCGGCAUCCAGCGAGUCGGCGGCUUUGGCGGGACAGCUCGCGCAGAUCCGGUCACAAUCAGAUUCGUCAUCCUCGGAUGUCUUGAGUCUGACGCGGGAGAUGCGCGAGCUGCGAGGAGAGAUGGAGCGGUUGCGGAUGGAGACGGAGGAAUGGGAGGGAGAGGCUGGAAGAGAAAGAGCGAGGAGAGAAGCGAUGGAGGAGGAAAUAAGGCAAAUGGAGCGGAGAGAAAGGGAUGCGAGGAGAGAAGCGGAAAGAGCGAGAGAUGAAGCUGAGGGGGAGCGGACGAGGGGGAAUAAUCUGCAAGAGGUCCUAGCCGAGUUCCAAGCGGCAAAAGAUUCGGAAUUGCAUAGCGCAACAUUCGACCUCGAGAAGCAGCUCCAUGCGGCAGCGUCAUCACUAUCAGAGUUCAAGCUCAGAGCAGCCAAUGCAGAGACGAGGUUAGGGGAGAUGUCGGGGGAUGCAGGCCGGUCAGCUCGGCUAGAGAAGGAGAUCAAGGAGAAGGAGCGGUUGAUUUCAAAGUUGCGGCAUGACGCUGUCGUCAACAAUGAACACCUCACUGAAGCCCUACGCCGGCUCCGCAAAAACACCUCAUCCGAAAAUGUCGAUCGCAGACUAGUCACCAAUAUCCUCCUCUCCUUUCUGUCGACCUCUCGGGGUGAUACCAAGCGAUUCGAAAUGCUCAAUAUCUUGUCUACCAUCUUGUCUUGGGACGAUACGGAUAGAGAAAAGGCGGGACUGCAGCGGAUGGGCUCCAAGGGGGAGAAGGAGCGGCCCAAGAUUGGGCGGAAGGGGAGUGGGUUGCAAGAUGGGCGGAGUGCGGAAGAGGAAGCGGCCAUGAACGAGUCCUUCUCCAACCUAUUCGUCGAAUACCUCCUGAAAGAGGCGGGCCAAAAUCAACGCGCACAACGGUCCGACCCAUCUUCUUCUGCUACACCCUCCUCGCCCAUCUCACCUGUCCGAGGUCUGCCCGCGCCCUCCCUCCCCUCCUUCUCUCCUCCCCAAUCCGGAGCUUCUACUCCUUUUGCGCGAGAACGGACAUUCUCGAGCACAUCGAGUAUCAGCGGUAUGAUGAGCCCGCCCAGUGGAGGUAUGGGGGGUUCCAUAUUGGGUUUGCCGUCUCUGGGGAGAAAACAGAGUCAUAAUCUUACGAGUGCGCUGAAUGGGGAGAGAUGA